AUGUCCUCCACUACAUACCAGAUUGAAAAGCCCGUCCGCGCCGAUUUUGAGGAGUGGGCCAAGCUCUUCCGCGCAUACAUCGACUUCUACAAGUCCAGCAUCGACGAAGACCAAUAUGCGAGAACCUUUGAUCGCAUCAUGGAACAAAAGAAUGGUCUUCAGGCUUUAGUUGUCCGAAAAGUCUCUGGAGAAGAGAAGUCCCUGGUUGGAAUUGCGCAUUUCUUUCCUGAGCAGUCACCUUGGAGCGAGAAGGAGAUUCUGCUGCUGAAUGAUCUAUUUGUCGACCCUUCAGUGCGCGGUGAAGGACUCGGACGAAAGCUGACACAGGCUGUUGCGGACGUUGGGAGAGAGAUGGGUUGCAUGAGGGUUCAGUGGGUCACCAAGCAUGAUAAUGCUACUGCGAGAAAGCUCUACGAUACAAUGGCCGAGACCCAGUUUGUUCAAUAUAGAAUGCCUCUUUAG